AUGCUGUAUAGUUAUGAGCCCAAGCCAAGCCUCCAGCGACGACUUCCCCAGACUCGUCGGAGCCGACAACUUCGACGUCUGGAAGGCUCGCGUGGGCGCAGCCCUCGACUACUCGGCUUCGUGACGAAGCCCGAGUACGAUGGUGUCUCCGAGGACGACAGCGAGGACACCGGGAGCGACAUGUCCGACGCCGACGACCCGCUGAAGACCACGCCGGCAAAGACGGCUGAGAUCGACUCCGACGCCGUCGACUACGACGAGAGUGACGACGAUGACAAGCCCCAAUCAGGCUCUGACGAAGACUCAAGUGGCGACUCGGACUCUGCGAUCAAGCGCAAGGACCAGUUCGUUAUCCGGCCGUUUAACCGCCGUGAUGCACGUCAAGCGCGUUGA